CUCCAGGCGUGCCCGGGGCCGAGCGGAGGCUCCCGCGGCCCUGUGGCCAAGCCUCUGCUGUCUCGGGGUGUCUGCCGCCAUCGGUGUGAAAGGGACUUGGGGUUUUUUUCCUACAUGUGUGGUAGAAGCCGUUUAUUUUACGCAGUUUGCAAAAAGACGCAAAGGGGAGGGGCUUUAAGUUACUUUAGCUUUUCUUUCAAGUCUGACGUUUUUAGGAAAUAAAAUCAUCUUUUUCGAGCUUGUUCGUGGCUUGGUAUAAACCUGGUUGGUUGUGGUGUGGGGCUUGUUGUUGAAACCAGUAGAAUAUUCUAAAGCAUCACUUAGAUGAAACUUCUGCUGGCUUCAUUAUGGAAUUUGGUUUAAACAUCCGCAUGAUAAAAUGUCAGUGGAGAAUUCAGUCACUAGCUUGUGAAAGCAACAAGAUUGAUAUUUCACCAAUGUUUUUAACUGUCAAAACUAAAUGCCACAAGCUUAAACGAAGCCAAAUUUGGUGUAUUUUUAUUCACUGUUUCACCAGAACGUUCUUAACCUGUGUUAUUUUUGUUCAGUUGCAGCUUGUUCAAAACGCUGGACCUGGCUGGAUAGAAUUGGACUUAGCUGGAAAUUAUGAAGAAACACUUUGCAUGAAACUUUUAUAUGAUUGAAGCCAUGGCAUCAUCAACAAACUUAGAUGUUGGGGCCCAGUUAAUUGUGGAAGAAUGUACCACGAGCUACAAUCUGCCACCCAUGCCAGACAUUAAAGUGGAGCAUCAGCUGGACUCCAGCACAGAGGAAGGCCCAGCUCAGAGUGUCACCAUGGGCAUGAAAUUCAUUUUGCCCAAUAGAUUUGAUAUGAAUGUCUGCUCACGAUUUGUGAAGUCUCUGAAUGAGGAGGACAGUAAAAAUAUUCAAGACCAAGUCAACUCUGACCUUGAAGUCGCAUCUGUCUUAUUUAAAGCUGAAUGCAACAGCCACACUUCUCCUUCCCCUGGUAUCCAAGUAAGACAUGUUUAUACUCCAUCAACUACUAAGCAUUUCUCACCAAUAAAACAAUCAACCACUCUAACUAACAAACACAGGGGAAACGAAGUCUCUACAACACCUCUGCUUGUGAACUCUUUAUCAGUACAUCAGCUGGCUGCUCAGGGAGAAAUGUUAUAUCUGGCCACACGUAUUGAACAAGAAAAUUUAAUCAAUCAUAAGGAUGAAGAAGGAUUUACCCCUCUGAUGUGGGCUGCAGCUCAUGGGCAGAUAGCAGUAGUGGAAUUUCUCCUCCAGAAUGGUGCAGAUCCUCAGAUUCUGGGAAAGGGGCGAGAAAGUGCCCUCUCACUGGCAUGCAGUAAAGGGUACACAGAUAUUGUCAAAAUGCUGCUCGACUGUGGAGUUGAUGUCAAUGAGUAUGACUGGAAUGGAGGCACACCCUUACUAUAUGCAGUACAUGGGAACCAUGUGAAAUGUGUAAAAAUUCUCCUUGAAAGUGGUGCUGAUCCAACUAUCGAAACAGAUGCUGGCUAUAAUUCCAUGGAUUUGGCUGUAGCCUUAGGCUAUCGGAGUGUUCAACAGGUUAUUGAGUCUCAUUUAUUAAGGCUACUUCAAAAUAUCAAGGAAUAAAGGUUGGCUCUUCUUCGGGUUCAGUUCUUGGCUUGGAGAUUUGAACUGCUUUUUAGCCCUGUAAUUGGUGACAAAGGCUGGUGGUUUUGUAACUUUACCUCAGUUCAACUAUUUGCUGAUUUUAGUUAAGCUAUUUAGUAUUCUUCUUCUUCUUUCCUUGUUGUUCAUGCAAAUACACAAUGUCAUCCUUUUCUUAAAUUUAUUUUAUAUAAUUUUAGAAGAAAAAAUUGUCAUGCGUUAAAAACUUUGUAAAUAAAUCCAGUUUUGACCAUCUAAGUGUUUACACUGAGUGCAGUGGGUGGCACUGUGCUAAGUGUCCUACUCCAACCCAUCACUGAUACAUAGUCACAUGAAGAAAUGUGGUUAGGUAUUGAAGUAUAUCACCCCAAAAGAUAGAUGUCUUUAUUGUUAAUAAUACUAAAAUGUGCACUGUGUGUGAUAGUUUUUGAUAUCCACAGUUCAUAUUUGUCCUGGCUCUGGCCAAGACAGGUUUAAUUUUUGCAGUAGGCAGGAGGGGGCAUGGCUGGGAUAUUUUGUUAUUACCAGGGGUGCGGGGGAGGGAGUCUCUUUCAGAAAGAAGGCGUGGCGUGGCUGCAGUGGAGUUGGGUCAAACUCUGCAGUGAUAAUUUUUCCAUGUGAAUCACUCUCUCUGUGUAUACUUUUGUUAUUAAUAUUGUUGCUGUUACUGUUUGUUUUCAUAUCUCAUUGCUGUUUCCAGUAAAUUGUUCUUUUUCUCAA